UGGAGCAGCUUUACACUAUGAGCAGGCGACAGCGGGACUGGAGCGAGGAUGUGUCCUAAUAUAUAAGACAAACAAGGCUGAGCAUCUACAGCCAUGGAAAUGUGAGAUGGACCCGGUGGAAGAUGGUGAAAUUUGUGUUUGAGUGCUGCUUCCUGGAUGAGUCCUCCUCGGGUAUUUUGACGUUUCUUACGCCUGCAUGUCGCUGCUUGCACGAUACUCUCCUGGCCUCUGUGUGGAAACGGACACACCACCUUUUUUAUACACAAGUAGCGCUUCGCAGUGCAGUUAAAGGGCUAAAUUGAAAGCUCAUAGGAGUGACUAAUUAUCAUGUAACAUUCACGGAGUGUGGGAAGUAUAGAUUUAAGCCCAUGUGAUCUCUGCGUCGGCUCAGUGAUGUAAAAUAAAGCAAAAACAAACCACGGGAUAUCGCCCUCCUUCGACUUUUGCCUCAGGGUUUUCACAAGCUAUCGAUACCCGUCAGAAUGUAUGCAAAUGGGAUGAUACUUGUUUCGCCUGUACAGGGGCUUGCUAUGACAGGCUGGCAAGUCGGUAUGAAUCUCCGCUCAAGUUGAUGAACUAGACGGCCCGGCCUCGGCGGUGGGAUCAGACAGAAAUUAAGCUGUCUCUCUCAGACAGCGGAAACUAGGAUCAUCUCCCAUCCUCGCGCUGGCAGAGCACCGCAGCCUGAAACGGAACAUCCCUCUCUGGUAUUUUUUGUCGGAUAUGACACCGAACUUGAAGCUGAGCUGUAAACAUUUUUCAUGCUGUGGCAACGAGCAGUCCCCCGGUUUCCGGGUUCAAUUCUGAACUUCAUGUGAGUGUCUUUUUUUUCUCUCCAUGUGGAAUAACAAAAAUCUGAGAAGUGGUGGGAAAGCCCUUCCCCAAGGAUUUCAAACACGAAAGCAGUGGGAGAAAAUGCAGCUGGGGUUGUUUUACUGGUAAACUUCCACAGCAGCUGUUAGUCAGAGUGGAUGUCUGAAAGAUGAGACUUGGAUAUUAGCAUACUUGUAGUUUUGCCAACACCCUUCCCAGCAAAUGCAAUGCAUUGAUUUCCUCCAGUGCACACAUUGUAAAUAACUCUUGUGGAUAUAUGUUGUGGAUAUGACUUUUAUUCCAUGUCGCCAUCGAUCAACAUCUUUACUGACCAUGAUGCUUUUGUGCUGUCCUGGAUGUUUUUGUCUUGAAUUUUCCAGAGGGGCACAGCUUGGCUGCUGAGAUGCUGAAAGAUGUAAAAAAAAAAAAAAAAAACAUUUACUUCUCUUCCUGUUUUUCCCAAAAUGAUUGAUUUUUGUGAGCAUGUUCAAAAAGAGGGAGGCACCCGGCAUGAGACUGCACAGACUGGGGAGAUGUGUCAGAAGGAACGCAGGAGGAAUUAUGAGUGGCACUAUGGAAGACAUGGUGCAGAGUGUUACAAGCUUAACGUCUACAAGAGGGAGAAUUACGAGCCUUUGCUGUGAGGAAAUUGCAUUUUUUUUCUCUCGGAGACCAACUGCUGAAUGGGAAUCAGCGCUGCACGCAUCAAAUUACUAUUUCAAUUGAGAACUUCUUCACCCCGUACACUGUGGGAUAUCCACCCUGCAUACUUGGCCACCUGCAAGUUGCACUUAUUUUUUGAGGACUCUUAUCUUGGAUUCCCUGUCGCUGUGGUUUUUAUUUGUUUUUACUGUGGCGCCCUCAGGGGUCUUUAACAGGAGGUAAUUCAACAUAAGUCGCCACCAGGAAGUUAACACCAAACACAUUUUGUUGUGGUCCAAACAACCCUGUUAGUCUCAGUGUAUCUCAGUUUGUCUCACUGACUACAAGUGUGGAUCCCUUGUCGAGUUGUGUGCUCUAGGGAAAAGCAAAACAAGCAAAUUGUCCUAUCAGAGUGCAUCCAGAGACGUGGUGAUGGGGAGCUCAGCCUCAUCUCUCACUGCAGAGACCGAGUCGGACCAUGGCUUCCGCAGUACCCCGUACCCAUCAUCACCCCCUGUGGGCUGGCUCAGGAACAGCCACAGCAGCCCCGUGUGGGGCACCACCUUCAUCACACGUCAGCAGCAGCACCCGCUGCCUCAUCGAGAGCGCAGCCACUCUCACUCUCCUGGCUCCAUGGCAGCAGCAGUGCGAGGCAGUGAGUGGUCAUGUGGACGCUGCACCUUCCUAAACGCCGGCGCAGCACCUCGCUGCUCCAUCUGUGAGGCACCGCGCCAGAAACCAGACCUCAACCAGAUCCUACGGCUGAGCACCACCGAGGAGCACCGCUGGGCCUGUCCCCGCUGCACGCUCAACAACCCGCAGGGAUCCGGAGCCUGCUCCAUCUGCGGCUUCGGACCCUCGCCCGCUACUCACACACCUCCCACUACCACCAUAGCUGCCACUGCCAACGGCCUCCCGCCCGCUCCGGCUGAACCUCCAACACCUAUCGUCACCCCUACGGUUCUACUUGAGCCCCAUGGACAGCAUCCGGCGAAAGAGGAGAUGCUGCGUCGGUCUGAGAGCAACGGAGAGGUGUGCAUCCUGGAGGGGCACCACUCGGGCUGGGCUUGCCCCCGCUGCACACUUCACAACACACCCGUGGCACUGUCAUGUUCCGCCUGUGGUGGCCCCAGGAAACUGUCUUUGCCUAAAAUCCCCCCUGAGGCACUGGUGGUGCCCGAGGUGCGAACACCUGUGCUGGGGUUUCCUGUUCACACAGGAGGGGCCACCCCGCUGCUUAUAGACCUAACGGAUGACUCUCCCCCAGCCCCUCCGGAUCCUCAAGAACCUCCCCAUGUCUCCUCACAGUCCCUUUCCUCCCCUUUUACUACUUUCUCCUCCCUUCAAAACAACCCCGUGCCUCGCAGCAGGAGAGAGGUGCCCCCUCCCGGGCGCCCACCAAACCCGGGCACCAAUACCCCAAGCCCCACCUCUCCCUCAGCAGCUGGUGUGCCACCCCAGCCAGGCCCUCAGCGCCCCGCCAAGCCCAAACACGCCCAGCCCCAGGAACCUUCCUAUCCCAGCAAACGCCUCAGUAUCUUGGAGGAAGAAGAUGCUCCGCACCACCCACUGACCCCCCACCUCCCCGUUGCUGUCUCAGUCGCCCCCACCUGGAAGUGCCCUAGCUGCUCAUUGCCCAACCCAGGUGCCUCGUCUAAGUGCGACACCUGCCGCUCAUCUCGUGCUGGUGCUGACCUCAUUGACCUUGUAGGCUGCGAGACGGUGCGAUUCACCCCAGCCAGCCCCUCCAGUCCGGACUUUAGCACCUGGGCCUGCUCCAAGUGCACGCUGCGCAACCCUACAGGUGCACCCAAGUGCUCGGCCUGUGGUUCUUCCAAGCUGCAUGGCUUUCAGGAGCAGCAGGUGCCCCUGCCCCGCUGCUGUACACACUGUGGUUCUACAUCAUGCUCCUGCACACCAUCCUCAUCAUCCUCGGGUCAUAAAACACGGAAACAGGUCCGGAGCUACCCUUCUUCCUCUUCUGCUAUCUCCUCUUCCUCCUCCACCUUAUCUAGCCUUCAGGAGAAGGUGGGACAGUGGAGCUGCCCAGCAUGUACGCUGCUCAAUGACAUCAAAGUCAAGAACUGUGCAGCAUGCCACACACCGCAGCAGUACCUCACCCUUCGCAAGGUGGUUAAGCCUCUGAAGAGGAGGGAGAGCAUGCAUGUCGAGGCCCGUCGGCGAAAUGACGAGGGCGAGGCCAAGGAACUCUGGGAAAACAUAGUCAGCUUCUGCAGAGAGAACACGGUGAACUUCGUGGAUGACAGUUUCCCCCCGGGCCCUCGCUCCGUGGGCUUCCCCGACGGCGACAGCGUCCAGCAGCGAAUCAAAAAGUGGCUCCGCCCCCACGAGAUCAACUGCAGCAACUUCAAAGACCGAGGCGUCAAGUGGUCCGUCUUUCGCACGCCGCGGCCCUCUGACAUCCUCCAAGGCCUGCUGGGAAACUGCUGGUUCCUGAGUGCGCUGGCGGUGCUGGCGGAGCGUCCGGAGCUGGUGGAGAGGGUGAUGAUCACCAGGACUAUCUGCCCGGAGGGGGCCUACCAGGUUCGGUUAUGUAAAGACGGGACGUGGACGACGGUGCUGGUGGACGAUAUGCUGCCCUGCGACGACUACGGCUACCUCCUCUUCUCCCAGGCCCAGAGGAAGCAGCUCUGGGUGGCGCUGAUUGAGAAGGCCCUGGCCAAGCUCCAUGGCUCCUACUUUGCCCUGCAGGCAGGGCGCGCCAUCGAGGGCCUGGCCACGCUGACGGGGGCUCCCUGUGACUCCCUGAUGCUGCAGGUCAGCUCCACCAACCCUCGGGAGGAGCCCAUCGACACAGACCUCAUCUGGGCCAAGAUGCUCAGCUCCAAGGAAGCUGGGUUUCUGAUGGGUGCGUCUUGUGGAGGAGGCAACAUGAAAGUUGACGACGUUGUCUAUGAGUCUCUGGGUCUACGGCCUCGACACGCCUAUUCCAUCCUGGACGUGCGAGAUGUUCAGGGUUACAGGUUGCUGCGGCUGCGUAACCCGUGGGGUCGCUUCUCGUGGAACGGCAGCUGGUCGGACGAGUGGACAGACUGGCCGCAACACCUGCGUCACGAGCUGAUGGCGCAUGGCAGCAGUGAGGGCGUCUUCUGGAUGGAGUACAGCGACUUUAUAAAGUACUUUGACUCUGUGGACAUCUGUAAGAUCCACUCAGACUGGCAGGAGGUGAGGCUAUCGGGCUGCUUUCCCAGCAAGGCCAGCGGGCCGGUCACAGUCACAGCCCUCACCGUACUGGAGAGGACGGCGUUGGAGUUUGCUCUCUUUCAGGAGGGAAGCAGGCGUUCGGACACAGCCGACAGCCACCUCCUGGACCUCUGCAUCAUGGUGUUCCGGGCCUCCUUCGGCAGCGGCAACAAGCUGACUCUCGGCCGCCUGUUGGCCCACAGCAAGCGGGCGGUGAAGAAGUUUGUUGGCUGCGAUGUGAUGCUGGAGCCAGGGGAGUACGCUGUGGUCUGCUGCGCCUUCAACCACUGGCAGAUGAACGUCAGCGGGAUGGGAGGUCCGCCCACGCCCAUCUCCAGUCCUACCAGCGGACCAGCACGGCGGCCCAGCCAAGACUUCCCCGGUUACAUCCUCGCCAUCUACAGCUCCAGACAGGUGAUGGUGGAGCAGGUGGAGGCCACAGCCACCACGCUGGCUGAUGCCAUCAUCCUCCUCACGGAAAACAAAGGCGAAAGACACGAGGGCCGCGAGGGCAUGACGUGCUACUACCUGACCCACGGCUGGGCGGGGCUCAUCGUGGUGGUGGAGAACCGCCACCCCAAAUACUACCUCCAUGUCUCCUGUGACUGCACUGACAGCUUCAAUGUGGUGUCCACACGCGGCAGUCUCAAGACCAUAGACAGUGUACCGCCUUUGCACAGGCAGGUGCUGGUGGUGCUUUCACAGCUGGAAGGAAACGCAGGCUUCUCCAUCACCCACCGCCUGGCUCACCGCAAGGCAGCCCAGGCCUCUCUGGGAGACUGGACCCCGACCAAGGCUACCCACAGCCCCCAACUCACCCCGGACAUUGAUGGCUUGCACCGGCCCCGGCCACUAUGACCACCGCCCCCUAUCUCACGCACACACACAACCAACUGUCAGACCACUGGAAAACCAGGCAAGGGAGGGCAAGUGGUGUGUGGAGGAAGACGUGUAUUUGUGCGUCUUUGUGGAUGAACACACACCUGAAUGUAAAGCAUAAAUGGGCAGCAGUUAUGUGCUGUCCUCGUAAUGCUCCAUAAAUGCUUUCAUCCGGCCCACGCGCGCUCGCUCCCUUGCCAAGUGGACGUGCCAUGUCAGGAUGAAAUGAGGGAAGCGGGCCACAUGGAGUGACCUGUACUUACUCACAAAACAAUUUUUCCACCUAACAGCAUCCAGUUCAGACUACUUAAAAACCCUGGAUGUUUUUUUUUGGUACGAGCGCUGUACGCGGAUGUCAUCCCUGAGUUUCGAAUGCUUGGAGACGACCCUGCUCACAGAAGUCAGGGUGGAGUGCCGUAACUACUGAGCCAUUUUCCGGCCCACAAACUAUGAGCCAAUCACCCGCAGCGAUCAGACACUAUGUGGUCCACAAGGACAGCUAACAAAGCCGGAGACUUCAGUACGGUACUUAAUGAGCCAAACCCAUAUUCUACUUUUUCUCAUAGUCAUACAUGUUUUGUUUGUUAUUCAAGACGAUAAACGUCAGUCUUACUUGUUUUAUACUCGUCUUGUCCAUAUUUGUGUUUUUGAGGUUGUAGGAAAAGCCAUCAUUCAUCCAGUACUGUCUGUCCCCACUCUCCAUCGUCACCGCAGUGCUGUGUAGCGCUCUCUCUAGCUCAGGACCAAACCCAUGACUUGUAGAGUAAGCUGGAGUCAAGCAAAACCUCAAGCUGAUGUUGUGGCAGGUGUACGAGGCCCGGAUCGUCUUUCGGUAAACACUCACGAGCCAAGCUGUGCUGUAGAGAGGUUUUUAUCACAUAAUAGAAUUAGCAACAUUCAAUUUUGGCUUUUUUUCUGACAGAAAUAACCCCUGUACCUCUUUUUUUAUCCUUCCUCUUACUUACUUUCAUUCUUUUUCAGUCUCAGUUUGGGGUCUAAACGCUGGAGGCGAGUCAUUACAUGACCGGCUUUGUAGUUUACCCCUUGGGCUCACUGGCUUUCACUUUAUAUUGUCACACUUAAAUUCACACUUGAGGAGCAACUUCCCCCCUCUAGACGUUUUUACACUCUUUUGAAAAUUUGAUUUUUUUUUGGUACUGAAGGUCAGUGAGUAUCUGUUUCUCACACUUUGCCAGUAUUUCUGAUUUACACUUUGGUGUACUUAGGUAGUACCAGAGGAGCUGGUUGCUGUUUGAACAGUCAGUUUGCCAUAGGGGAGCUCUUACGACGAGCUGCCGAGUUUACUUUGGGAGGUCAGGGGACCAUUUCUGUUUGCUUGGGUGCAGCGCGAGCAUCUGGGCCGUCCUCCCUCAAGAAUAAAGCAACCGAAACAUCAGCGACAGCACGGAGUCCUCGUGUAAUAACAAAUUACCAUUUUGUCAGACUGUGUGCACACUUAACAAGAGAGAGAUGGGACCCCUGAGACAUGUUGUGACACAGAAAAUAGUUUAGUUUGGGCUGCGUCGUUUCAGAGGAUGGGUUGCCUCCAGCUGUUUUUACGUAGGUCGUCUCGCAGAGCCCCACCCGCUCGUUCGUUGCAAUUUUUCCAGUGUCAAAGCCAUUACCCCUGCUUCACUGAGUAUCCUUCAGUCCUCACCAUGGCAACAUAGUUGUUUUAACAGAGAGGGGGAAGAUUAACGCGGUACUAUAGUAACGGGAUGAAGUGGGAGACUUCUUUUCAAGUCAGAGUUGAUGUCUUACUGAUGUGUCGUGACGUGGGGAGAAACUUGAAAGCUGUUAAGCAGAAUUGCUGAAGCACUCAUAAAUAACAAAUGCUAGGUUUUGAUGUCUAGACCAGAAUACGUCUAAACAAUAAAGUUCCCACAUGAGUUGAGUCUGUUCAGGACUUACAGGGACACUUUAAAAUAAAAAGUACAGUUUUUUUUCUAUUACCUGUAGUUCUGUUUAUAAAUCUAGAUUAUUUUUGUGUGCCUGCAGAGUUUGAGGUAUCAGCCAUAAAGACAUCUGCCUUCUCUUCAAUAUAAUGUAACAAAUGGCACUGGUAUUUUUUUCUUAACAGCUCAACAAUAGUAGGAGUUUUCCUCUGAGAACUACACACCUUCAAGGCCUUUUUUUUCCUGUUUGCAUUUGCACCGCCAACGGGAAUGCUGAAGAACUAGUUUGUGUUUUGUGAUGUUUAUUGUUUACACGGCUAACAGGUUUUUAAAAAUGGUUAUAGAUUCUGGUGCUGCAUUGGCUGUUUUUUUGAACAUACCUUUAGGCAUCCGCUGUAUACUUAAGACACGUAUGGUUCCUCUUCUUCUGGUACUGAAACAGGAGCUAAAAGUCCCUCAAAACGUGCUUCUAAGGACUGCCUAGUCAUCCCUAGUAGUUGCGCUGUGGACACAAUAAAUAGGGUAUUUCUUAGAACUAUGAAAAAGUUCCUCUUGUCCGAAAACACCUCAUAUCUUGAUCCAAAAACCAUGACCUUGUUAAUGAAGAUAAUCCACAUACCUUGUGUGAAAAUUUUCAUGUAGAAACUCUUUCCUUUCUACAGAGCUACACCCGCCAACCGUAUCACGGCUCAGAAGGAAUAUAGUUUGAUACUACACAUGAGGUCAGCUGAGGAGGACCUCAUUGAUGAGUAGAUGCCGAUUCCUUCCGCUCAUUGAUACAGUAGUAAUUAAAAAAUAAUAGAAAGAAAAUAGCUCCUACAUGAAACCGCUCAUAACAAGGUAUGUAGAUUAUUUUGAGUUGCCAGGUCUUGAUUUCUGGAAAGAGAUAUUGCUGUUAAAAUGAAUCUUUUGGAGCUUGAAGCACCACAAGACCAAUGCCACCUAGGUUCAUCAUGUUCAAGAGAAGGCAAACGUCUUUAUGGCUCAUAUCUCCAAUACUCAGCAACUCACAAAACAACCUAGAUUGAUAAAUAACACUAUUUUGGAUUUGCAGUGAACUGCUAAGCUGAAAGGUCAUGCAUCAUCACGGUGACCACAUUGUCUCUUCUGUUAGUAGCGUUGAUGGUAAACAGCAGCACUGUGUCCCGUAGGCUUGCAGUCUUACUUCUGCACAGCCACGACUCACGGGCCGUACUCCAGGAUGUCUUCAGGACAGCUCAUAAGAAAACUACUACAGCAGUGUAAUGUUUCAAUUAUGAAACCUGAAGCUGAAGUAACUGUAAAUAUGUUUUCCAAAGAAACAUAAUGUGUAAUGACCACUUUCAGAUGUCUGUCUGCCCUGUGUGAGUGUGUGUGGUUCGCAGCCGAGCAGCUGUGGGUUUUAAUUUAUUUGUAUAAGUGAUUUGCAGGCCUGUUGUCAAAUGAUUAAUGCUGAAUACUGGACUGAUGUAUGACAGAUAAAGGAAUGUGAUAAUUUUAUGGCUUUUUUGAGCCCUGAGGGAUUAGCUUGACAAGAAAAAAACUGCACUGAAACACCUGCAAUGAAAAGGCACCUCAAAAUUCAGUGUCACCGCUGGAUCACUUUACAUUUACAUGAGAUUGUUUUUGUUUUAUACAAUGUUUUUUUUGUCAUAAUUGUCAUUUUUGGCUCUUGCUGGUGUCCUAUGAACCUACUCCUCUUCUGUGAAGUUGUGGUGGUGACUUUUCUGUGCGUCAGUGGCGCCCCCUGCUGCCGGAGACGCCACACCCCGAGAAGAGCUGGUCAUUGACAGAUCAGCCAACACAACGCCUUUUUCUCUCCUCCUUCGUCUGGUUCCCUCGUUGUAAAUUGUACAGACUGCAACCCUAAAGCCACACAUAAGAUAGAAAAUGAGAAAAAAAAAUAAAUGACCCUUUUAAACUUGUAAAAAAAAUGAAAGUAUGAUAGUAGAAACAAAAAAAUUAAACCUAAUGCUGAAAAAAAUGGAAUUCUGAUGAAUGUGAUAUAUAUUUUAUUGAUCUUUUCUGGGAGGGGAAUAUGAGUAUAUGUGUACAAACAUGUAUGUUUAAUUUUCAAUCUCAGGUUCUGAUGGACCAAAUAAAUUUUUUUAAAUUAAGACAACAA